AUUGAGCAACCAUGGCUGUGACCUGCUGCACCUGCAUGCCUCACCGCUACUUCAUCGUCAUGCUCUGCUUCUUCGGCAUGCUCAUCAGCGUUGGUUACCGCAGCAACUUCGCUCUCGUCAUCACGCACAUCAACGCCUUCGCCUCGCCCAACGACACGGGUUCUUCUACAGAUGGCUCGCUGUUUCCUAAUUGUACAACUGAGGGCACGUCCAGAGAUCGUGUGACCCAUUGGGACGGUUCCACCGUGUUUCUGUUCAGCACGUCUUACUUUGUGGGUCAAUUGGUGGCGUCCAUCCCAGGGGGAGCCAUGGUGCAGAAGUUUUCAGCCAAAUGGGUGUUUGGCCUGACCGUGCUCAUCUCUAGCGUGUUGCAGAUGUUGGCACCGCUGGCAUCCGAGAUCACGUGGUUGAUUUUUGUCUUCCGUGUUGUCCAGGGUGGAGUCGAGGCCAUCACAGUGCCAUCUAUGAAUGCCGUCAUAUCAGCAUGGACUCCAAAAGCUGAACGAGCCAGAUUAAUUAAUUUCGCAUACGCCGGUGUGUACCUAAGUCCAGCCCUGGCUAAUUUUAGCACAGGCGCGUGCUUGUGUUACGUCAGUUGGGAUAGCAGUAUGUAUAUGUAUGGCGGGGCGGGUGUGGUUUGGACCAUCAUCUUCCUCCUGUUUGUCUACCCCACCCCCUUGUCCCACCCCAAGGUACUGGACGUGGAAGAACAGCUCCUCCAGCAGCAGGCUAUACAGGCCAGCAGCACGAAUGUGAAGGUCCUAAGAAUUUUUAUUUCUAUUUUCCUACAGAACUUGAAGGUCCCAUGGAAAAGUUUCUUCACUUCACUGCCUGUGCUUGCCAUAUGGGUCGGUGCUUUCUGUCGUAACUUCAUCUUUGCCAUGCUCAUCACAGAGAUCCAACAGUACUACAAGGACGUGUACAGUCUCAGCUCGGCCAUGAACGGACUUCUCAAUGGGCUGCCUCACAUUUUUAUGGGAAUUUUUAUGAUUUUCGGAUCUUUUAUCUUCGACUUUUUGGCAAAAAAUAAUAUUUUGAGCAUGACAAAAGUCAGGAAAUUGGCUCAAGGAUCUGGUUUUGGCAUCCAAGGCGCCUGUAUCCUGGCCAUUGGUUUCCUUGACAACCACAUCCAUGUUUUCGUAUUGUUUUGUGUUGGUGUGGCUUUUAGCGGAUUUGCCAUCUCAGGUUACCAGACCAACCCCUUAGAUCUGGCACCACAGUACGCUGGGCCGUUGACGGGGAUCUCAAGAACAGGGAUGUUGGGAUCAAUUAUAAGCACGGUGCUGGCGUCACGCUUGACUGGAAGCACACAUAGUCUCAAGGACUGGCAGAUUCUCUUCAUCAUCGGCGGCAGCCUUCACCUUGCCGGGGUCGUCUUCUACAGCAUCUUCGCCUCCGGCAGCUUACAGCCGUGGGCCAAGCCAGAGUUCCAGCAGAGCGUGGAGGCCGGGGAUGAGGAAAGUAGCGACGAGAGAAGCGCCUUGGUCAAACAAAGCGUCCCCGAGUUUAUCCCUUCACCGACAUACGGGGCGUUUUCAAAUGACGCAACUUGUACCAGCAUUCAGAGUCGUUGAUUUUUUAUUCUCAUACAGGACAUUUUAGGGUAAUUUAACAUGUUCCAGCAUUCAGAGGAGUUGAUUUUUUAUUCGCAUACGGGACAUUUUAGGGUAAUUUAACAUGUUCCAGCAUUCAGAGGAGUUGAUUUUUUAUUCUCAUUCGGGGCAUUUUGGAAUUCAAUUUGCUCUAACAUCCAGAUGGGUUGAUUUUUAUUUUCACAUGGGGCAUUCUCUGAUUAGGGAACUAGCAACGUUAUCAUUGGGGUUAAAAAUCAUUCCAACACGGGGCAUUUUCUAAUGAGGUAACAUUCUCCAUCAUUCAGAGAUGUUAAAUUUUAUUCCCAUACUUGGACAUUUUAAGACGAUGGAAUUUAUUGCAGUAUCAAGACGGAGGAAGUAUUUUCAGAAACAAAACCCCUUCAACUACCAUCUAGUGAAGCCAGCUGUAUUCAGAUUAGUGAACCGUUUCCAAAUGUGUAUGUUUUGGUAAAAGUGUGAAUUUUGUGAAUGAGGCAGCGACAGAAAUGGACUUCUUCUCUUUACAACGCCCAAACUAAAUUUGUUAUGGCAGAGUAUAAUUUGAUAACUUUUUGUGCGGGUGAUUGUGUGAGCGUGUGGUGACAAGACACAUGUGUGUAAUGUGUGAGUGUAUAUUUUACAUAAUGAUGUGUGAAUGCUUGUGUGUGGUAUUUUAUUUGUGAAAGUAGCAAUAAACAUUUAAAAGAACGCAAGUUGUGUAAUGUUUUAUAAUCUGAAUUUAAAACAUGUAUGUGUGAGAACAUCCCAUAAUUUGGCUGAAUUCUUAUGUGAACAAUCAAUGUUAACUUAGCCUUAAGACUUAGUAUGUUACAUUGAUCUCAUUUUGUUCAAAUAAUGUAAUUAUCUAAAUGUCUAAUGUACAUUCAAAUUGGAAAAAAAAUAUUUUCUAUCUUAUUUUUAAUAUGAAGUCGGCA